CAACGAUUCGGCUACAUGAACGAGAGCACAGAUGCGGCGCAGAACUUAAUCUCCGAAAACACCUACUCACAUGCGUUGAUGGAUUUCCAGCGAUUUGCAGGACUCAAUGAGACUGGAACACUCGACGAAGAGACGGUGAGCAUGAUGGGUGCUCCUCGGUGCGGUAACAAGGACAAAAUUGGCCACGGCGAGGAGGCCAGGCGAAGGAAGCGAUAUGCUCUUCAAGGAUCCAAGUGGCGUCGUACCGAGUUGACCUACCGCAUCUCCCAGUAUCCCUCAAGACGCAAUCUGAAGAACAGCGACGUCGACCGAGAGAUCUCCCGCGCCUUCCAGGUCUGGUCUGAGGUGACGCCGCUGAACUUCAUCGUGAAGAAGGACGGCCGCGUGCACAUUGACAUUCGCUUCGUCACCGGAGAACACGGUGAUGGUGAUCCCUUUGACGGUCCAGGCAGUACGCUGGCCCACGCCUAUUUUCCGCAGUACGGUGGUGAUGCGCACUUUGACAAUGAAGAGCAGUGGACGGUGUCAUCGUACUCAGGCACAAACAUCUUCCAGGUGGCCGCACACGAACUAGGUCACUCGCUGGGGCUGGGCCACAGCAGCGUCCGCGACUCGUUGAUGGCGCCCUACUAUCAGAAGUACAAGCCAAAGUUCAAGCUGCACCAGGACGACAUUCUGGCGAUUCAGGCGUUGUACGGCGUACGAGAGGACGAGUCCAGCCAGCCAGCCUCUACGCCCAAGACGACCUCCUCUUCCGACCCUGAUCCGUCGGCGGAAGGACCGGACCUCUGUCAGGACAGCUCGGUGGACAGCGUGACGCGUAUCGCCGACGGUUCGACGUACGUCUUCAAGGGCGACUACUACUGGCGAAUUGAGUCGAACGGCAUUGCCGACGGCUAUCCGCGACGCAUCUCCGCCGACUGGGACGGUCUGCCCGGCAAUCUGGACUCUUCGCUCACCUGGGCUGAUGGGAAAACCUUCUUCUUCAAGGGCAACAAGUACUGGCGUUUCAAGAACAUGCGCAUGGACAAGGGUUAUCCAAAGCUCAUCAGCACUGGAUUCGCCGGAAUUCCUGACAACGUCGACGCGUCUUUUGUCUGGGGAGGCAAUGGAAAGACGUACUUCUUCAAAGGCAACGAGUACUGGCGAUUUGACAGCAAGAGCGAGCCACCGGUGUCGAAGCAGUACCCGAAGCCAAUCAAGAACUGGGUCGGCCUGCCAAAUCGCAUCGACGCCGCCUUCCGCUGGGACAAUGGAAUGUCCUACUUCUUCAAGGGCACUUCUUACUAUCGCUUUAAUGAUAUUGACUUUGAGGUGGACACCAAAGCGAAGCCGUCCUUCCCUCGACAGACUGCCCAGUGGUGGUUCGACUGUCAGGCGGCCAGUCGGAAGUUGCGCCGAAAACCUGCUGGCAAGGCUGGCAGUCUGCUGAACAACAGCAACGGCAGUAAGCUCGUGGGCAACAACGACAAUGACAUUCCAGUGGCCAGUGCCGUUCGAAUGGACCCAACGGCAAGUGCAAGCAGCAGGAAACGCAGUGAAGACCUGAAGGAGUGGCAGAUGCACGGUCGACCUGAAGAGGAUGACCAGCAGCAGCAGCAGCAUCACCACCCGCACACCACCUCGAACAGCACUGAGCUUGACCACAAAUUGCCGGCAAAGAAACAGUGA